AAAAGACGUGGCCACGUUUGCCCACAGCAUGGAUAACAGCAGCGGUCCUUUUGUUCUCCCCACCUUAUUGCUCCUGCUGCAGAACAAGAGCUACCCCGAAACCUCCAUCCCUCCUGCCGGCUACGAGGUGGCGGGGUCACCCCUGGGACCCAGCUCAAGCAGGAACCACACUGGCUCGCACUAUGAGCUGAGGCCGGGGGAAAUGGCAGCAGCCAGCACGGUUUGGGGAGCGUUGUGGCUGGUUUCCGUCUUUGGAAACUCCCUCGUUUGCUUAGUGAUCCACAGGAGCAGGAGGAUGCAAUCCACCACCAACUAUUUUGUGGUCUCCAUGGCUUGUGCAGACCUCCUCGCCAGUGUCGCAAGCGCGCCCUUCGUGCUGCUCCAGUUGACCUUCGGCAGGUGGACGCUGGGGAACGUGAUGUGCAAGCUGGUAAGGUACAUACAGUACCUCACCCCUGGCGUCCAGAUAUACGUGCUCCUCUCUGUAUGCGUGGAUCGAUUCUACACUAUCGUCUACCCCCUGAGCUUCAAGGUGUCGCGGGAGAAAGCCAAGAAAAUGAUUCUGGCCUCUUGGCUAUUUGACGCUGUACUUGCAUCACCGGCUUUCUUUUUCUAUGGCUCCAACAGCGACGACCACUGCAACUUUUUUCUCCCCGAUUCUCGGGAAGGAGCCGCCUACGGAAUCAUCCACCUCUUGGUGGUGGUUCUGCUCCCAUCCGUCCUCAUUAUGCUCUUCUACCAGAAGGUCGUCGAGCACAUUUGGAGAACAGGCACCGAUGGCAGGACCGUCAGGAGGACAGUGAAUAUCGUCCCAAGAACAAAAGUGAAAACCAUCAAGAUGUUCUUAAUGUUAAACUCGGUGUUUCUCCUGUCCUGGCUCCCUUUUCACGUGGUGCAGCUCUGGCACCCGCAGGAAACAGACUACAGAAAGAGCUCCCUGCUUUUCCUGGCCAUCACCUGGAUCUCUUUCAGUUCUGCAGCCUCUAAGCCAACCCUCUACUCCGUCUAUAACGCAAACUUCAGAAGAGGGGUGAAAGAAACUUUCUGCAUGUCCGCCAUGAAAGGCUACAGGAGCAACGCGUACACCAUCACCACCAGUUCCAGGAUAGCCAAAAGAAAUCACGUUGGCAUCGCAGAAAUCACAGCUCCGGCCAAAACGGUCACCAAAGAGUCCAUCUAUGAGGCUUUUAACAGAGAAGCAAAGGAAAAAAGGCUUGCCUGGCCUACUCAGUCCAAUCCCCCAAAUACGUUUGUCUAG